AUGCUCAAGUUCCCAAAACAAUCCUAUGACCAUCUCAUCAACCACUUCUACUCCAUCAUCCUCAUCCUCCUUAUCAUCAUCUUUGGGAUCUCCAUUCCAGCAUUUCAACGAACCCCAUUUCACCUCUUCAAUCAUCUGUCUUUCAUUCAUGGACUCGCUUUCUAUCUACUCGCCAUCUCCAUUCUCAUGUUCUACUUCUUAAACAAGCCAAGAACCGUCUACCUCCUCGACUUUGCUUGCUUCAAACCUUCACCCGUUCUUCGAGUUCCCUUCGCCACCGCGGCUGAACACGGCCGCAUCAUCUUGGCAUCUCAGCCCAAAAGUAUUGCUUUCCAAGUUAAGAUCUUUGAAAGAUCUGGUUUGGGUGAAGAAACAUGUUUACCACAUCCAUUACACUAUCUACCACCAAACCCUAAUAUGAUGGAUGCUAGAGAUGAGUCCCAUUUGGUCAUAUUCUCAGCCAUGGACUCUUUGUUUCGACAAACUGGACUUGACCCUAAAGACAUCGAUAUUUUGAUCGUUAACUGCAGCUUGUUUUCACCAACUCCUUCUAUUUCAGCCAUGGUGGUUAACAAGUACAAGAUGAGAAGUAAUGUCAAGAGUUUUAACUUAUCAGGAAUGGGGUGUAGUGCUGGAUUGAUAUCCAUAGAUUUCGCCAAAAACUUACUCCAAGUUCACCCCGAAGCAUAUGCAGUUGUGAUCAGUACUGAAAUAAUUACCCCAAAUUCUUAUAUGGGUAAAGAAAGAUCGAUGCUUCUUCCAAACUGUCUUUUCAGAAUGGGAGGUGCAGCAAUCUUGUUGACCAAUAAACGGUCGCAACGUAAGCAUGCAAAGUACAGUCUCUUGCAUGUGAUUCGAACCCAUAAAGGAUCCGAUGAAAAAUCUUACCGUUGUGUUACACAAGAAGAAGACAAAGAAGGGCAUGUGGGUAUAGCUUUAAACCUUGAUCUCAUGGUGAUCGCUGCCAACUCUUUGAAGGCCAACAUCAGCACCAUCGGGCCAUUGGUGCUUCCGCUAUCAGAACAGCUCUUGUUUGUGUUCAAUCUUAUGGGAAGAAAGUUUCUUAAGCUUGAUCUGAAACCCUACAUUCCUGAUUUCAAGAAAGCUUUCGAUCAUUUCUGCAUUCAUGCAGGUGGACGGGCUGUAAUCGAUGAACUCCAAAAGAAUCUGAGGUUGUCACCGGAGCACGUUGAAGCUUCAAGAAUGGCGUUGCACAGAUUUGGAAACACAUCGUCAUCUUCACUGUGGUAUGAAUUAGGGUAUAUAGAAGCGAAAGGGAGGAUGAAGAAAGGAGAUAGGGCAUGGCAAAUAGGGUUUGGGAGUGGGUUUAAAUGCAACAGUGCGGUCUGGAAAUGUAACAGAGAUAUUGAAGCUACUAAAAAUGGUGGUGCAUGGGAUGAUUGCAUUCACAGGUACCCAGUAUACGAGCCAGAUGUGGUCAAGCUCUAAACUAGGGUUGAAAUUGUCAUUUCACUUUCGUACGUGUGGCCUAACUAGAACAUUUAAUUAACCUCAAAUAAAUAAGAUUUCAGGUGUUGUUAUAUAUAGGUGGACCUGUAUUACUUUUCGGUAUAUGUAGUUGGUAAGCACUUAUCGAUGAUGUUUAUCGGGCAAUAAUUUCUUUCACUUA